UACAGUCACUGGCAGCAGCUGAAAUGGCGCAGCAAGAAAUUCCCCUGGACAGAGAAAGAUUCUGCUGUUCGAUCUGUCUGGAUCUACUGAAGGAUCCGGUGACUACUGGCUGUGGACACAGCUACUGUAAGAGCUGUAUUAACACCCACUGGGACAAAGGGGAGAAGAGAGGAAGCUACAGCUGUCCUCAGUGUAGACAGACCUUCACACCGAGGCCUGUCCUGGGGAAAAACACCAUGUUAGCUGAUUUAGUGGAGGAGCUGAAGAAGACUGGACUCCAAGCUGCUCCUGGUGAUCACUGCUAUGCUGGACCCGAAGAUGUGGCCUGUGAUUUCUGCACUGGGAGAAAACGAAGAGCUCUCAAGUCCUGUUUGAAUUGUUUGGCCUCUUAUUGUGAAAAACACCUCCAGCCUCAUUUUCAGUCAGAUGCAUUUAAGAAGCACAAGCUGGUGGAGCCCUCGGAGAAGCUCCAGGAGAACAUCUGCUCUCGUCACGAUGAGGUGAUGAAGAUGUUCUGCCGCACUGAUCAGCAGUGUAUCUGUUAUCUCUGCUCUGUGGAUGAACAUAAAGGCCAUGACACAGUAACAGCUGCAGCAGAAAGGACUGAGAGGCAGAGAGAGCUCGGGCUGAGGAGACAAACAAUCCAGCAGAGAGUCCAGGACACAGAGAGAGACGUGAAGCUGCUUCAACAGGAGGAGGAGGCCCUCAAUGGCUCUGCUGAUAAAGCAGUGGAGGACAGUGAGGAGAUCUUCACUGAGCUGAUCCGUCUGCUGGAGAAAAGAAGCUCUGAUGUGAAGCAGCAGAUCAGAUCCCAGCAGGAAACUGAAGUGAGUCGAGUCAGAGAGUUUCAGGAGAGACUGGAGCAGGAGAUCACUGAGCUGAAGAGGAAAGACCAGGAACUGAAGCAGCUCUCAGACACAGAGGAUCACAACCAGUUUCUACACAACUACCCCUCACUGUCACCACUCAGUGGAUCUACACACUCAUCCAUCAUCAGGAUCCGUCCUCUGAGGAACUUUGAGGACGUGACAGCAGCUGUGUCCCAGGUCAGAGGUCGACUACUGGACAUUCUGAGUGAGACAGACACAGAGAUUUUACAGAUUGUGUCUCAAGUGGAUGUUUUACUGUCACAACCAGAGCCAGAGACCAGAGCUGACUUCUUAAGAUAUUCACAGGAAAUCACACUGGAUCCAAACACAGCAAAUAAACAUCUGUUAUUAUCUGAGGGAAACAGAAAAGUAACAUGUAUGUUUGAAGAACAGUCUUAUUCUGAUCAUCCAGACAGAUUCACUUAUUGGCUUCAGGUCCUGAGUAGAAAGAGUUUGACUGGACGUUGUUACUGGGAGGUGGUGGUGGGAGGAGUAGUUCAUGUAGCAGUCACAUACAAGAAUAUCAGCAGAGCAGGACACUCAGGUGAAUGUAGAUUUGGAUUCAAUGAUAAAUCUUGGUUGUUAUAUUGUGAUGGAAACAGUUAUACCUUUUGUUACAACAGCAUGGACACUCCACUGUCAGGCCCUGUGUCCUCCAGAGUAGGAGUGUACCUGGAUCACAGUGCAGGUGUUCUGUCCUUCUACAGAGUCUCUGACACCAUGACUCUCCUCCACAGAGUCCAGACCACAUUCACUCACCCUCUCUAUGCUGGAGUUAAUGUUUAUUAUGGAGCUACAGCUGAGUUCUGUAAACUCGAAUAGAUUCAAGUCAUUUGAAGCGGUGAAUUAGAUUCUGUGUGUAAAUCUUUUACUUCAUUCUUUCAACCACUGACCUUCCUUUAUCACACAUAUUUAGUUCUCACUUUGUAAAGACAGAAAUCUAUAAUAACACUGACUUGAAUGUGUUUGAAAGAACUGAUGUUGCUGUUGUUUUCUAAAUCAAAGAAGAAAUCAGGUUGUGUGAUGUUUUAGAACCUGUUUAGAUCCUGAUCCUCUUCAAUGAGCUCAUUGUUUGUUAUUUUCUUUUCCACAUGUGAGACGGAGAUGAAACAAACUGAGUGUGUGUCCAUGAACUCACUGAACAAGAGUCACUGAACAGACUUUACUGAUGAAAUGAUCAAUGACCUCAGAGCAUCAGUGUUAUGGGAUGUUUGGUCACAUUGUAAAUGUUGAACCUGGUUUGUUUUUAUCACGGCUCAUCUCUGUAAAGUGUGAAUCCACUCGUCCUCAUUGUAUUUACAUAUUUAGUGAACGGGCAUAUUGAUCUGCUGCUGCGUAGGUUUCUGUUGUUUUUGAUUUUCCUGAUCUGAACUAGCAGGUCCAUUGGAGAUUGUCCUGAUCGAGUCCCUCUGAGGGUUUGUUCUGCAGCUCUCAUCACAUGUGUUUCUUAUACAUGUCUAUAUACAUUUAAAUCUCUUAUAUGAAGCAAAAAAAUUAUCUAAUGUGUGAAGAAGCUGAAAGUUGAAAUAAAGAAUAAAUCUAG